AUGCCAUGUUUCCCAUCUGCGCGCGAACUCCAGCUGGAUAUCAACUCACCGAUUACAACCUCGAAGCUGUUCGCCAUAUCUCGCCUGGUGUGUAGCAGCCUUCUGUUCGCUCGACUGAGGAUGGGCGCCAACCACAAGAAGCGAAACUUCUCAGCCGUCGACACCUCGAACCAACCCGUCAAAGCAUCGAAAAUGGACCAAUCUUCUGAACCCGCGAAGGAAAAGUUGCCUCACAUUAUGCCCAGAAAAAGGUUUUAUCGGCAACGAGCUCAUGCGAAUCCGUUUUCAGACCACAAUCUUGACUAUCCUGCCCGACCAGAGGAAAUGGAUUGGUCAAAACACUAUCCUCAGUUCUUUCGGAGCCAAAACUCAAAUUCAACCGACCAACAAGACGAGAAAGCGGGCACAGAUCGUGAUUCGAAAAAAGUGGUAGAAUUCGCCGAUGUUGGGUGCGGCUUCGGAGGAUUGUUGAUUGCCAUGGCACCUUUGUUUCCAGAAAAAUUGAUGCUAGGACUAGAGAUCCGUCCUCAUGUCUGUCAAUACGUGGAAGACAAGAUCCUCGCACUUAGGGCCCAACAAAAAAUUAUACAGCAGCAAAACUCAUCCGGGGUUGAAGGGGCCGAAUUCGUCUUUGAACUACCCAGCUUGCCCAAGCAGAUGCCCAAGUUUGUCAAGGAUAUUCACCAGGAUCAGGUUGCCAGUCAAGUGCCAAACGAACCAGCACCAGAUGAUGAACUAGACGAUGAAGCUCCAAUCUGGGUUCCUAAGCCGGGAAGAUUCGAGAAUGUUAGCGUUAUCCGGGCAAAUGCUAUGAAAUUCUCGCCCAACUUUUUCUAUAAGCAUCAGCUCUCGAAAAUGUUCUUCUUAUUUCCUGACCCACAUUUCAAGGCUAGGAAACACAAAGCAAGAAUCAUCUCGCCCACAUUGCUAUCAGAAUACGGAUACAUCCUCAAACCGAAUGGUAUAAUCUAUACGAUCACGGAUGUGAAGGACUUGAACGUAUGGAUGGUCAAGCAUCUGACAGAGCAUCCGCUCUUCAAGCCAAUCGAGGCGGAAGAGUUGAUCAAAGCCGACCCGCUGGAAGACCAACUGAUCAAAUCGAUCUACAAUCUCACCGAAGAGGGUAAAAAAGUCACCAGGAAUAAGGGCGAUAAGUUCUUGGCCAUCUUCCGAAGAAUCUCUGAAGAAGAAGAACAAUCCUUGUUACUAUCCUGA